AUGGCCACUGCUCCCAACAUCGAGAUGAUCGCCUCUUCGCUGCGCAGCUGCUCCCUCAACGGCGGCGGCUGGCGGCCGGGCCGGCGCCACCGCCACGGCCACGCCAGGGGCGCUGAGGGCAGCAACGACAGCGAAGGCGUCACCGUCGAGCUCAACUCCGACGUCGCCCUGCCCUACCACUGGCAGCAGUGCCUCGACAUCCGGACGGGGCAAGUGUACUACAUCAACUGGGAGGACGGCACCCGGACGACUAUCGACCCUCGCACGCCGUCGCUUUGCUCCGCCUUGUCGACGCCGCGGUCCACCUGUUUCACUUCACACCGCGCAGCCUUCACUUCGUCGUCCAGCUCUGGGUACACCUCCGCGGCGUCCAGCGUCACCGGCGGCUACGGCUACGGCUAUGAUGACAGCGACGGCUAUAGUGAAGGCUACGGCGACGACGAGGAGAGCAGCAGCAGCAGCAGCCGGAGCUCCGGCGUCUCGUCCGUGCUCUCGUCUUUCUUCCCUAGUAACGAGCCCUCCUCCAGCGACAGUGGGCACGCCACCAGCCACGUGCUCGUUGCGGUCGGGUGCAGGGCGUGUUUCAUGUACUUCAUGGUGCCCAAGAGCGUCGGCCUAUGCCCCAAGUGCGGCAGCUCCGGCCUCCUCCACCUCGGAGCCUCUUACGCCUGA